GGUAGAUCUUUUCUUUGUAAACAAUUGCAUUAGAAAAAAAUGCCAAGAUUUUGUCCUCUUGAUAUUGUACCGUUUGUUACACUUGGGUUAGGCUUUUUCACAAUCGCGUUCAGCUUCUAUAUUUGGCGUGAAGAUGAGAGCUUACAAUCCGUAGCUUUUUGCGGAUUUGAGAGUCAUGAAAAUUUUUUCUACAAAGCCUUCGCCAGUAAGUUCAGCCACCUGACUUACUUACAUUUGUCUUUGAAUGUCCUCUUUUUGCUUGAUGUUGGGUUCAAUUUAGAGAAGCAGCUCGGAAGUUUUGGCUUUUUAUUCCUUUAUGGGAUAGCUCUCUUGGGAAUCAUCGGGCUGGGAUGUCUUUACCAUGCAUUUAUUUUCAGUGGAUGUUCGGUUGGAGCCAGUGCUGUGCUUUUUUCGAUUUUCACAUUUUGGUGCUAUAACUGUGAAGGUAACCUAUUUUUCCUGGGCAUUGUGCCUAGUAACCCUAUUUAUGUACCUUGGUUAUUCCUCAUCUUGUGUCAACUAUUCUUUUGGUCUAGUGCAACCGGGUUGCACGCUUGUGGGAUUGUGUUUGGAAUUUUUACUUACUACAUCAUUCCAAAGUCAUUUUGGGAUGCUCUGAAGUGUAGUAGUGACGUAUAUCAUGAACCUAACUCUAGUGACAAUUUAGAUAACGACUAUCCUUCUGAAAGUGUACCGAUAACUUCCAGUGGCAACAAUAGUUUCAACUAUAAGACAGAUCAACAUAAUGUAGUGUAAACCAUACUUGUCUAAUGUUAUUUUUCUCUUUUUAUGCUGAUAUUUUUUAUUUAGAUUUCUAUUUGCGUACUCAUACUUUAAAGGACUAAUUUCUAACUCAAGAGUAUUCAUGAAUAACUAUUGAGCAAUAAUUUAUUUAUUAGAAGAGUUGUGUUUGAUUUAUAUAAUCUAAAUAUGUAUCGUUUGCUUUUGAAAA